CUCAUGAUUGUCGGGUGGAAAGUAGAAAGCUUUGAGUAGUAAGAUGGCUUCCUUGGAAGUAUUACAACGAUGGGACAAGGAAGAUGCUCUCAAUUGGACCAGAGGAGAGUUUGAGAUACCCAACGCUCGAGCAUGCGGGGGAGAGAUCGACGGAGAGGCUAUUUACUUCUGUGGGAAUAGCUUGGGUUUGCUGGCGAAGAAAGCUAGGAAACAUAUGUUGGAAGAGUUAGAUGUUUGGUCCUCCAGCUCCGUAACGGGUCACUUCGACCAUCCGCAUAAUCGACCAUGGAAACAUGUGGACGCACCUCUUACUCCCCUUCUAGCUAAGCUAUUGGGUGCACAAGAAGAAGAAGUCGCACAUACUUCAACAUUGACGAGCAACAUGCAUAAUCUUUUUAUCAGUUUUUAUAAACCGACGAAGAAAAGAUGGAAGAUUGUGAUUGAACAAGGUAGUUUUCCGAGUGAUUGGUACGCAGUACAUUCUCAUCCCAGACUGCACGACGCAAUUCUUUCUGAAGAGCAAAUUCAAUCAUCUAUCAUUCCCCUCUCUCCUCGACCUGGUGAAGUGACUCUUCGUACUUCUGAUAUCCUCUCCACUAUUGAGCAACACAAAGACGAAAUCGCUGUGGUUUGGUUACCAUUGGUACAAUACUACACUGGGCAGUUAUUCGACAUUCCCCCAAUCUCUCAAAAGACCCAUGAAAUCGGAGCGAUAUUCGGUCUGGACUUGGCCCAUGGGACGGGAAAUGUAGAGAUUAGAUUGAAUGAUUGGGGAGUGGAUAUGGCUGUUUGGUGUACUUACAAAUACCUUAACGCUGGUCCGGCAGCAAUAGGUGGUAUGUACAUCCGAACCGGUCUGUCAGACGGUGGACGGCGACUCGCCGGUUGGUGGGGAAACGACCCCCUUACUCGAUUCGAAAUGCAACCUACUUUCUCUCCUACACCAGGCGCGAAAGGUUAUCAACAUUCCUGUACACCGGUAUUCUCUUCCAUCCCUCUAUUGGCGACUUUAGAACUCAUCGAUCAAGUAGGAUUCUCCAGCAUGCGUAUCAAGGGGAUCAAACUUACGAAUACUCUGGAAGAACUUUUGAGUAAAAGUCGUUUCUAUAUCCCUCGAACACCAUUUGAGUCAUCCUCUCUUUCGAAUUCCGCAUCCAAUAUCCUUCCGACAGAAGGCACACAUCCACCGGGCGGAAGUUUGAAGCACGUUUCUCAAGAAGAAAAGAAAGUGGAAGCUUCAGAGGAAAAGGAAGAAAGAGAUACGAUAGUGAAAUUCAAAAUACUCACUCCUCCAGCACCAUGGAGAGGAACUCAACUUUCCCUUCAUAUAACCCCAUCUGGUAGUAUGCCCCGUAUUUUCACUUCCAUGUUGAAAAGAGGUUUGGUAGGCGAUGAACGGAAACCGGAUGUUAUACGUUUGUCGCCUGUGGUAUUGUAUAACACUUUCUCCGAGGUUGGUCGAGCUGUGAAGAUAGUGGAGCAAGCUUUGGAAGAGGAAGAGAAGUGGCAGAGAUCAAUUAAGCUGAAUGAUGGGGGAAAGGUUGUUGCAGUUGAAGAUAGGGACAUGUUAGGACCUGAACCUUAGAAAUUAUUCAGUCUCAAACUUGGCACCAGCUUUGCUUAUAAGGUGUGGAAUAUUGAGGAUGGACAAUGAUAUAUCAUUCGAAUGGGGUGACAGGGACAACACAAUGGGGAUCUUUAACAAGAUGAAGAUAAAUAUGAAUGGCAGGUUGACAAAGGGAGAAAGGAGAAAGAUCAGAAAUCAUCAUCACAGGAGAGAGAAAAACGUUAGUAGUUAUACAUAUCAAGCACAUAUCAAGACCAUGCAUCCUUUCAGCUCGGUC